UUGAAAUCAACUCGAAGCCAGCAAGUAAUCGUCGAGAAAAGCACGGACCUGGAAUACGCCUGAAACGGAAGAUGUUACGGUCUAUGAAAAUACAAGACUUAAACCCUCACAUCAUGUGUGUGCUGUGUGGUGGAUACUUAGUGGAUGCUACAACAAUUGUCGAAUGUCUGCAUUCGUUUUGUCGCAGCUGUAUCGUGAAGUACCUCCAAGCAUCGUAUCACUGUCCUGUUUGUGAUGUUGAAGUCCACAAGACUAAACCACUGCUCCACAUAAGGCCUGACCGAACCCUCCAAGAUAUCGUCUUCAAACUCGUUCCUGGUCUCUAUCAAGCUGAACUGAAGCUUCGACAUGACUUCGAAGACAAUCAAAGAGAAGAAAGAGAAGAAGACAAAACUUCAGACGAAAACGUAGUUCCGGGUGAUAUCAAGGAUAAAAAGGAAGUUGAGAUGGAGGAUCCGGUGUGUAUAACGCUGGAAUACUACAGGCGAAAAAGAAACUGGUUAGAAAAUCAGAUUUUUCCUACUCGUUAUCUCCGAUGUCCUUCUGCGGUAACCGUCGAUGUAUUAAGAAAAUUUCUAAUAACAAAGUUUGCCAUUCCAAACACACAUCAGGUUGAAAUUAUCCGCAGUGAUGAAAUCUUAGACGGUCAGCUGACAAUGAGAGAAGUGUCCCGGAUAUACGGGCUAUACGCUAAGUCCUUUCUGGAUCUUGAAUACGCCAUCUUGGAAGUGGGAGCAAAGGAGGAACCAACCAAACCACCAAGAGAAGAACUCGAUAUUACUCGAUGGAAAAAGAUCAAGAUUAAAAAGAAAAAGAGAAGAAAUAAGAAAUUGAAAGAAAUGAUAGCAGCAGAACUAUUAGCAAGAAAUGAUACUGUUACAGAAUCAAAAACUGAACUUCCAAGUUUACCGGAAGAAGUCAACGACGAACCUUUGAUCAAAAAUGACAUUUUGCCAACAUUUCCCGAUACACCCCCAAUGAAUCUUGAUCACGUGCCGUGUUCGCAACAUAUCGAUUCUCUAGCAUAAAGUUACGUGAACAACGCGUGAUCGAUUGAUAAUGCGAUUACAAAUUGCUUUGCUAACCGGGUUUUCCGUCAAAAUGGUAAGUUUCCAUGGUUUGAACCUGAAAGAAAAAUUUGGAAAAGUGUUCGGGACCCUUACAAUAAUUUUUUAGCACUUAUCAUCGAAUGGCGCCAUCCAAUUCAAACGAACAAAAGCUCUUUCUACGUUGGAGUAGUUACGGCGAGAUUUUUUUGAAGAUAUUUGAGCUUCUCCUCCAUGAAUCUCUAUGGGAGUCUCCAUCUUUGCUUCAGGCCCUUCUUCCGAAAACAUAUCUAUUGUCAUCGUUAAAGGUUUGAACAAGAAUAUAGAGAAAAAACAUUAAAAAUUGU